AUAACGAUUCUAGUUAGCGGAGGCAAACGGUGAAUUCCAUCCGAGAUCUAAGAGAAGAAGAUUCCUACGAUGACUCGACAAAUUUUAAUUCUAUUCUGCUGCAUUUGCUGCUUGUGUCUCGUUGCAGAUGCCAUAGACUGUAGGAAGUUUGUGUUUGCCCCACUAUGCAGAGGUGUCAGCGCUAAAAGGUCUUCGUCAAAAAUUAACAAAGACGAGUUGAAAGAUUUGAGUGAUAUGGACGCUUCCAUGGACUGGCCUCCAUCAGCUCAAGAAGAAAGUCGCAGAAAUAGGAUGCGAUCGAACCAACUUCUACAAGAAAUUCUGGAGAAAGUCCAUGAUUACAACAAUGCAAGAGACGAAGACAACUAAAAGAUGAAACGAAAGACGAACUUUUAAAUCUAAAUUCAAAUGUUUUGUUUAUGUGUAAAACUUAAAGUUUUCUUUUAGAAGUUUUCCAUUUAACAUUAUUCAUCCAUUAUAUCUCUUGUGCAUUUGGUUCUUAAAAAGUAUGGGUUUUUAGUUGGUAGGACUGGUAGAACUUUUUUUGGAUACGAAAAUGGAUAAUAAAAUAUUUUUUU